CACCCAGGCAGCAACUUGCCAUGGAAGCACAUAAUUUUGAAGCAUUACAUUGGGGUGCUGAAAAUCGGGCGGUGUCAGAGGAUAGCAAAGUAUGCAAUUGCAUAAAGGAGCCAUGGUUAAACGGGUGCAAGAAAGAACUGAAAUCCAUCCAUAAUUAGACUUUGUAAAUUAAGAAUAGAAAAUUUAGUACUUGUACAUAGGAGUGGCAGAUGAGCUUGGUGCUGCCCUGAUGUAUGUUCAUAUGUAAAAUUGUUAAAAAGUGGUUUUACAGGGUUCUUAUUCUGUGAAUGUUAGGAGAUAUAAUAUUUUUCAAAGAAACCCCAAGGCUAGAAGGGGAGAAAUGUUGCCUGGCCAAGUGAGGCCAAAGAACAGAACAUGAUAUAACUAUUAUAACCAAAGUGUUGUUGGCUUAACACUCCAUUUUACCCAGCCUGAAACUGUCCCAUAUAUAAAUUGCAGUGUUAAAGGCUGGUUGGGUACCAGAUCUUGUAAAGAUUUAAUUUUUAGUGCUGUUGCUCACAUCCCUUAAUACUGCCUGAAAAUUCAUUACUUGGGUUUUGCUUUGUGAAUAUUCACUGGGUCAAAACUCAUGGACUUUUAUUAUCCUAUUGUGUUUGUGAUUAGCACUAGAGAACCUUGCCUCAGCUGAUGUAGUUUGUUACUGUGACGCAAUUCUGAAAUGCAGUCAGCCUGAUUCAAGUGAAUUUGAAAUAAUAUGUAGGGAAGCAAUCAUAGCCUAAUUUAAGGUAUCCUGGCAUUUGCCUAGAGGGCUGUGAAAUAGUUAAAUCCUCUGCCAGUCUCAAGGCCCAGAUAGAACUUUGUUGUGUUCAUGCUGAAAGCUGUUUUUGUAUGGAGCCUCAACAUUUUCUGCUGGGUGUGAGAGAUGUUUAUUGCCAUUCUGAAGUGAGAUUUCUGUAUCCCGUUUAAAUGAAUACUUCAGUAAUUGGAGGAACAACACAUAGUGGCCUGCAGUGUAACAUUACUGAUGUGUUUGGAUGGUUUCUUCAAGUUCUGUUGGCUGCUCUAGCAUUUACUUGCCUGAUUUUGAAGAGGUUCUGUGAACCCCGAUAUGAACGUCGGCCAUGGUUAAUAUGGUUCUAUGAUACAUCCAAACAAGGGAUGGGGGCAUUAGUCAUUCACUUGGCCAAUGUUUAUUUGGCCACCAAAUUUCAGGGAGACCCAUGUACAUGGUAUAUAAUAAACUUCUUGUUAGAUUCAUCCAUUGGUCUUGGGAUCAUCUAUGUGGGAAUUCAGAUAUCGCAGUACCUGUCCAAAGUGAAGCGGUGGGAAGCAAUCAGUUUUGGUGAAUAUGGCAAGCCACCAUCAGUGAAUGCGUGGCUGGCACAGUGUUGCCUUUAUAUGUUGCUUAUGGUUAUCGUGAAGAUGUGUAUCAUGCUGCUUAUCCAGUUGGAUUUCUGGGAUGAUGUCCGAGACUUCAUCCUCUCACCUAUCACAAAUCCGAAGGUUGAAGUUGUCAUGGUGAUGCUCAUCAUUCCAUUCUUUAUUAAUGCACUCAUGUUCUGGGUCACUGAUAACUUCCUCAUGAGGCGGAGCACUCGGAGAGGUCGGCCAUCUGACCCAAGUCUCAUGCAGAGGGUCAAAGUUCGGUACCGGAAAAUCAAGAAGGAGAAGCUUGAUGACUCUGAGUCUGACAUCCUCCUUUCUGCUGAUGAGGAGUUAUUAGGAACCAGUGAUUGUCUGCAGCAGAUGCUGCCCAGUGUGAUGAUCACAUAGGGUUUGUAUAUAUCCUGCUUAUGGACUGGUUUUGUGGGGGGGGGAUGUAUAUAUGUGCUCAAUCUAUUUGUAAUUUUUUUAUAACGUGGAUUGUGACAUAUUUAUAAAAAAUGUACAUCUUAAUUUUGAUAGGAAUAGGGUUUUCUAAUAUGGUUACACAUUAUGGGCAGAGUGUGCACUACUGUGAUGUAAUAAUACUCUGAGGCUGGUGAUGAAUUAAUCUUUAUGCAUUUGAGAGAUUAUAGCCAUGAAUUUGAAUAAAUAUUUGUCCUUCAGGGAUGCAAAAGUAGAUAACUUUCUAAGGAGAAGUUUGAUAUUUAUUUUAACUAUGUUUCUAUCAUCACCACCACCAUAAUCAUUAUCAUCACCAUUAUUAUUAUUUUUAUUUAUGGUAGCAGUAUUUAGUUGUGUAAGAGUUUCUCAAUUUGCAUGUGCUGGCGUGGAUACAAACUGAGAACUCUAAACUAGGGUUGUUUGAUUUUAAAUGUCAUGCAUUUUCUGUUUCACAUUUUUUCAUGCAGAUGCUUUUUGAAACCUAUUUUUUCAUUGAAAGUGUUUUCUUUCUGACUAUUAGUUGAAUUCAAAAUGUAGUGUCAUUUCUGAAGCAAGAGGUUCUUCUCAUAUUUUAAUUUUUCUUUCAAUUUUGUUGUGCAUAAUCUGUACAGAGAAAUAUAGCAUCGUUAAAGAUGUAGUAUUAUCUUUCCUUGUUUCUGUCAGUAGUAGGUGUUAAGAUAUGCUGAAUAAUGGAAGGAUUGCACAUGGUUCUUAAAGUUACAUAUUUUUUGUAUGACUUGUUUAUAAAAGAAGAAUCAUUGGAUUCUGUAGGUUUCUGACCUACCCCAAGAAGAAAGAACUUGGUUGCGUGGCAGUUUGUGACAAGUAUAAAAAAACAAAGACAAUAUUAACAAAAUUAGGCACUUUAAACAAAUAGCUAAAGAAAUGUAACAAGUGUGAUUAAUGUGUAUGUGACUAAUGAUAGCCCAGUAGUACUGAAAUAUGUCUGUAGUAUAGUAAAGUAUGCUGAUGCCAUGAGUAUCAUUUGUAUGACAAACAUUAUGGAAAUGUUACAAUUUAAUUCUUAUGUCAUUGGGCAGUCAUGUGAUUUAACAUGAUGUGGCAUAUUUACUGAUUGAAAGACUUGAACUGCAGUUUAACUAUUGUGGCAUUAUGAGUAAUAAAAUGCAAAACUGGGUGCUGUUGAAGAAUCUUGGUGCCUAAUUGGUACGUUCACAGAGUCUUGAAUGUCUUGAAGUUGGGAGCUAAGGAAAUAAUUACUUUUUUGAUGCUUUUAUUUUAGUAUGAACCAUGUGUAUAUAGUUUACUUCCUUCAGGUCAUCACUGUUUACAUUCUAAUCAAAGUGUAACAUCACUAUUGAUAUUUUGUUGUUCAUUUGGGCUGAAGGAUCUUAUCAGAGCUCCUUCAAUGUUUUAUUUCCCAUUUCUUUGAUAAUGCUGUAAGAGAUCUGUUAUUAAUUGUUUAUCAGUUCUGCUGGAUGUUGUACUGAAUAUUUGUGCACUUACCUUAGUGGUAGUUCCUACUCCCAUAACACAGAGUUGUUGUAAUGACAGUUAUAGCAACAUGUCCAUAGCAGCAGGCCUCAGUUUCAUUGUAUAUACUUGUGGGUGAGACAGAAACUCUCUUCCAUUAAAAACAUUUAAAAUUAAUUUGAACAGCUACUUCAAGAUGCUUUGUGUGUCCAAAUGAAAUACAUUAAUUCUCUGUA